AUGUUUGUGCUUGAAAAGAAGACGCUUUUGUCAUCUGUCGUAGCCUUUUUUUUAAUCCAAUGGCUUUUGUAUCGCGUGUUUCGUCAUCGCCGUGGUGAAAGACUUGUACCGGGCAGCAUUGCGGUCGUCACCGGUGGGGGAUCUGGCAUCGGCCUGGAGUUCGCAUAUCUUUUUGCCCGGGCCGGCUGCCACGUUGUGCUUGUCGGUCGCAAUGCCGAGAAUUUGCAUGCGGCGCGGGCCUCGUGCUUAUCGUUGGGGGCGCCAACCGCCGAGGUUGUCGUGGCAGACCUCAGCACGGUGGAGGGCACCGACAAAGUGGGCGACGCGCUGCAGGGACGGCAAGAGCCCCUCAAGUACGUAGUCCUCAACGCUGGGGCGGGCGCGAUUGUUCCCUUUUCAAGUGAUCCAAGCUUCAACGAUGUCUGUGACAAAAUGAUGCAGAUUAAUUACUUCUCCAACGUUCGUCUACUGCAGCACCUAUUGCCAGCACUCGAGAAGUCAAACUCCGCGGCCUGUUCGUCGCGGGUCAUCGUCUUGUCAUCUUUGGCAGGCGUACUGCCUUCAGUGUACCGCUCUGCAUAUACGGCAUCCAAGCACGCCAUUCAAGGAUUCAUGAACGCACUACGCGGGGAGACGGCGGUGCCCAUCACGUUGUGCUGCCCCGGUUACGUCGAUACAGACUUCCACCAACGGGCCCAACUUACAGGUGCUUUUGCAUCCAGCAACACUCGCCGCGGUGUGCCAGCGCACGUGUGUGCACGGGCUUGUCUCGACGGUGCACUUCGCGGGGACGCCGAGGUGCUGACAACACUUUCAGGUAAGCUGGGAUACAUUCUGCGGCCCAUCUUUACGAAAUUCAUUGAUGCCAGGGCGAAGAAGAUCAGUCUUCACUCGCUUCAAAAAUAA